AUGCUCGUGCGAGCGUUGCUGACAUUCCAAUUGCCUGUUUGUGGGUGCGUUUGUUGCAGCAUUGUAGCGCGCGAGUCGUCGGGCCGAGGCGAGCAGACAGAAAACAAAACCGUGAGGUGUUUGUAUGGGGACCUGGACCGUCGUUGCGUGGUGGCGUUUGAUGAUCGUCAGAACAUCUGGACUGAUUUGCCGGUGUCGCACGUGGUCAAGGCGCAGCACUACGAUUUCUUUGAUUCAUCGCGGCCUGAGUUAUUAGCCCACUACCCCCAUUUGCCGUUAGAGGAGACGUUAGCUGCAAUAGCAGAAAACCCGAGACAACGGGCCGCAGCCUUAGAACGCCCUUCACCGGUGCCUGCCGCUAUGAAACACUUGUCUAGACCUUAUGACUGGGAUAGGCACAUGCAGCAUAUGAUUAAUAUCUUUUUAAAGGUUCACCAGGAGUUCUUCAAAGAUCCUUGGAAUGCAAACGUGGGAACAAUCAUAAGCGGGUUUCAGUCGCAAGCGCUGGCCGGUGUAGGCCUGUUCCUUACUGGGUACAGGAAGUCUUUUGCACCGGGCAGUCCUGUAGCUGACUGUGAAGAAAGGCAAGCAGAACUCGCUCAACGUCUCGGCGCUACAGUGUAUAGACGUUUCGACGAGCCUGGCGUGACCCACGUCAUGGCAGGGAAAAGCAACACAAAUAACAUGCUUGCACUCAAGGAACGGUCUUUUCAGCAUUUGAAGAAGGUGCACACACUCUGGUUGUUCGCCUGCGAGUCGAUAUGGGCCAAGGCCCCCGAAUCCUGCUUUGAUGCUGAUGCACUCUGCGCUUUAUACGACAACCAGCCACCAUGUGCACCCUUCAAGGACCACUGGAUGCAUUUGGCAGAGUUCACCCCGCCGGCCGCAGUAACCCCUGCGCAGCCUUUGCCUCAACAAGAUAGGCUGCCAGUGAGGGAGUUUCUAGGCACUGGCCCGUACAGUGAUGGGGCUAGUCUGAUCUCGCCAUUCGAAGAAACCAUAUUUCUCUGGAGGCCAGAGAAACAGCCCAUUCGGCAACUCUACUCAAAGGCCACCACCACCACCGGCACGCAGCACAUGCCUUCCACACUUUCAGCAGGCACAUCAUCGCAUCAGCAGCAGUUACUGCCCGCGCGGCCAGAGAGCCAAAAAAGUGGUCAGGGACGUGAGGAUAUGGUGGCGUCGCGGAGCGACAGGCAGGAGGCAGAAGUAGUGCCCUUCUGCAACUUCCAGGUCUAUGCCGUGUAA